GGCCGUUCUUAUCAAGGUCAUCCAAACAAUAAUGAUGGAUAGCAAAUCAGCUGGUUUUCGGUUGCCAGAUAUAUGGGAUGACGAUGAUGCUAUGUAUUCGCUUAUGCAACCUAUAAGGCGCUCUAAAGUUGUUGAUCCAGUCAAUUAUAAUGCUAAAAUCACAUUUUGGAAAAGAAUAUUGCUAUCCUAUGCAAAAGAUCACAAGGCAUUUGUAAUAUGUAAACAGUCACUUCAAAAGCUGUUUACUCGACACUUCCCUGUUGAAGGCAUAGACUUAUAUCCUCAAUCACUAGGAGAGGUUAUUUCCGAUUUGGUGUCGGAAGGUGUAUUAGGACCAGUAACUCCAAACAGAAGCAUCUUAGGCAAUAUGUUUACGGCCUUCGCCUAUGUUGUAAACAAGCCAAUAUCAUGGGCAUAUCACUAUUUAAUUGGUCAAUCAUCCUCUAAUCUAUUAGAGACUGAUAUAUCGGAUCAGCAGUUUGUGUUCAGUCAGUUCGCUGAAAAUUCCGCUGUGGAAUUUUUGUCUUGGUUUCAUGAUAAUUACCGUGACCAGAGGUUAUUACCACAUUCAGCGGUGUAUGACCUAGAGCUUUUUAACUCAGCCUUGUCAAACUUUUAUUCCCAUGCGGCCACUCGUGAAUACAUAUUUGAUUUAUUGAGUAAUACCAAACACUGUGUUUCUGUGGAAACCACGUCUACUUCAGAUUCCCAACCGAUUCAGAUCAUUCGCGUUGGUGAAGAUAUUAAUAGCCGACCGAACAAACCAACUAAUUCAGACGCUGCGAAAAUAGAAUCGUCUGCACUGAGUGGGAUUGUUCAACUCAAAUCUACAAUUAAACAACUUGAAAAUGAAGAGAAAAGAUUGGAAACUGUUAUAGAACAACGUCGAAACCAUAUCAAGUCCUUAUUGCUAGAUAAAAGGAAUUCAGAAGCAAAAUCUCUAUUACGUCGUACGAAAGUGUUAGAGAAAUCUCUAGAACAAAAGCAAUUACAACUUAAUAAUCUGGAAACAAUGUUGAUUGAUAUAGAAUCCGCUACAGAAAACAGGAAUAUUGUACUUGUUCUAAAUAGUGUCAAUGAAGCUCUCAGACAAGCUGUAGGAGGAUCUAAUGCUUUGAGUAAAGCAGAAGGUGUAAUGAAUGACGUAAUGGAUAGAAUUCAAGAAAGUCAAGAGAUCUCAGAUGUUGUCUCCAGUUUUGGACGUACCUCUAUUGGACUGGAAGAUAUGAGCGAUUUGGAACAAGAGCUUGACAGUUUCCUUGUUGAACCAAAGAAACCGUCACCUCCGGGGAAAACACAACCGAGCUUUGAUGAUUUAGAAGCUGAACUUGCUGCUCUUAAGUUAGUAACUGAUGAGGUAGCAUCAUUAACUGAUCAAAAUUCACUAUCUUCUAAACAAAACCGUGUCAUCAUUGAUAAGUGAAGGAUUUACUGAGAUGUGACCAUCGUUUUGAUUCUAUGCUAUUUCAGCGUGUCUAAUCUACACUCCUGAGCUUUCAUAUAAAAGUUCUAGUAUAAAACGUGAGGAGAAUAUGCGGAAUCUUUUGUAUUGAUUCAGAAAUCCAUCAUACAUAUAUGUAACUAAAUAUUUUCCAGAUUUUUUUUCUUUUGUCUUUGUAAAUUAUAACAUUUUACAAUAAUAUACUUUUUUUAUUUCAAUAACUAUAAUAACUGCCGAUAUUAUUUUAAACUAUAUUCUCUCCACUGGAUUACAGUGUUUCUUAUAUGACAUCACAACAAACAUUAGAAACAAUAACUGUCAUUUUCAUACUCUUAGUAGUCGACGCUUUUCUGCUUAUGAUAUUUAUAUUCUAAGGAUAAACAUAUUUCUAACCAAAAGAUAGUAAAGCAAAGAAAUAAGUGUC